UACGCAUGCGUCAGUAGCUCGCUCCCGAAGGGAGGAGGAGUAAUAGAUUCAUAUGUGUGGAGAGUCAGAAGAUCGUCGUCAUUAUGGCGGACUUAAUCCCCACUGCCUUUUCUCCUGCAACAGCGUUAGCGCCAACGGCGCUUUCUGCACCAGGAGCAGGAACUGCAGCGGCUCGGGGUAAAAAGCGUUCCUCCAGCCCUGGCAACGGUAGCUGCGCUAAGAAGAAACGAUUGGUGACACUGGGUGGCGGCGGCGGCAACAGCAGCAGCAGCAGUAGCAGUGUUGGUGGGAAUUGCUUUCAGAAUACCAAUGCAGAGACUGUGAGCGAAAAUAAAACUGUGUCCAUAGAUCCCAGCACAGGACUAGCAGACCCUUCUGGCAAAUCACUGCCUUUUAAGGCUCCAAGCUUUACUCACUCUGGCAUUGGUGGAGUUGCAGCUGGCAAGAAGAACAGAACCUGGAAGAACCUGAAACAAAUCCUUGCAUCAGAAAAGGCAUUGCCAUGGCAACUAAAUGAUCCAAGCUACUUCAGUAUUGAUGCUCCUCUUUCCUGUAAGCCAGCCAAGAAAUACUCUGACAUUUCAGGACUUCCUGCAAACUAUACCGACCCGCAGAGCAAGCUCCGAUUUAGUACCAUUGAGGAAUUUGCCUAUAUUCGGAUGCUUCCUUCAGAUGUUGUUACAGGCUACCUUACUCUAAGGAAAGCAACAGCUGUUGUUCCCUGAGAAAAAGAAGCAAUGCUAAACCCUUGUUUGAAAAGUGGAUUGCAAGAAUCAGGUUUUGGAUAGCACUGGACAUGUGUAUGUAAGUUAUUAAAGUUUUCAGAAUUAAAAUAUGGAUCCUAAUGUCUAUAUUUCCUUGCUUCUAUGAGGUUUACUCAAAAUACAAAAUAUUCUGAAUGUUUAAGGUAAGCUGUGUUUGAGUAAUGGGCUCAGAGGUAAGGAGCCUGAACACAAAAUAAUGUGUUUAAACAGAUUUUGCAUCAAGAUUCUUUCGGGAAUUAAAGGAGCCGCAUCCUUUCUACUUUAAUGUUUAAAAUAGUACAGUAUAUUUGAGGUAAAAAUAGUGCUUGACUCAGGGGAGGCUCCCCCAUGAGGCAAGGUGAGUGUACCAUGGGGUGGCACGUGCAGACACCCUGCCUGCAUCACCUUACUUGCCUGCUGCUAUGGCCCCUACCUCGCCGCCGCCGCUGCCCUCCUUGCUGUUUGGAGAUCCAGCUGACGGCUGUAAUGUUCUCUUAGCCUAUCCUAUUGUGCUGCUGCUCCAGUACCAUUGUUCACUCUCUCUUCUGCUGUCUCUUCAGCACCUUGGGCAAGGCCGGGGCGGGGGGGGAACAUCAGUGUCAGCUCCAGACAGAGGGUAGUGGCGGCCCAUGAACGUGCCUCCGGGGUGGUGGUGGGAGGCACCUUUAAGAGUCAAUUAAUUCGGCGCUCACCUCCGCUGUGGUGGCACCUGAACGCUGUUUGGAGCCCCAAUGUGCCGCUUAGCAGCCCCUACGACAGGGAAGGGCCUCUGCCACUCACCUGGCUUCCACGGAGCUGAGUCCCCACCAGUGGCCAGGUGAGUGGAGGAGGUGCUUCCCUGCCAUAGGGGCUGCUGGGUGGCACGCUGAGGCUCUAAACAGCGUUCAGGUGCUGCGGUGGUGGAGGUGAGCACCAAAUUAAUUUACUCUUAAAAGUGCCUCCCGUCGCCCCCACCCCUUGGAGGCACGUUCACGGGCCACCACUGACAGGGCCAGCAAGAGCAUAUCACUUUUACCUCAAGCAGUGAAAGCCAGUGAACUGGCCCCAGUCCACAGUUACAAGAAUCAGAUUCCACCCAGAGUUGCAGAUUACAAAAAAUAUUCUACUGGAACAGUAGUGCCGAUAUAGUUAAGAAGAGAGUUGUUUCAACUUCUUACCAUUGUAACUCCUGAAGAUUCUAUUGGUCAUAAUAUUGGCCUGCUAACUUGGCAAAGAGGCACCUUUUUAACGUGGUGAUUCUUUUUAUUUAGCAGACAGAGAGUAACUGGCCCCAGCACAGUAUCUCCAGUGACUGUUGCUGGUCUCUAUCUUAUGUUUCUUUUUAGAUUGUGAGCCCUUUGGGGACAGGGAUCUAUCUUAUUUAUUUAUUAUUUCUCUGUGUAAACUGCUCUGAGCCAUUUUUGGAAGGGUGGUAUAGAAAUCAAAUAAAUAAAUAAAUAAAUAAAUAAUAAAAUAAAAGCCAUCUGUCACAUCUACCUGAUUGCAUGGAGAUAUCAAUUAGGUAAUAAGAGACACCACCCCUCCAAACUUGGAGCAGAUCUGUUGAAAAAUGGUUGAGAUACAGUCGUUUAAAUACCAUUCCUAAAAAGAAAUGCCUCACAUAUUUGCUAGCCUCUUUGUUUUUGUUGUUGUUGUUGUUAUCAGAUGCUUGAUAACAUGAGUCUAGGAGCACUCUGGCAUCUCUAAGGAUAAACAGAUGUUCCCUUCCACGUCCCUUUCCUUUUAUGGAAUUUUAUUUUAUCCCUCCACCGAGGUGGCAGUGAGGGACCUCAAAUGAACUUGAGAGUACUUGGGAGUCACCUUAAAUAUGCAUAUUGCAUCACCAGCUGAUCAGUUUAACAACAUUUUUUACAAGGUAUUGUCAUCUGUUUUUACGUAAUAAAUUUGAAGGUCUUAAAGGAGAACUUAAGAGAGAAUGUGAGACAGCGGUGAGAUAACAAGUGGCCUUGCAAACUCUCUUUGAACAUGAAGUUUCUGCAUCAUAGAUAUAAUGCCUAUGAAUAAAUGUUGGGUCCAUUUAGCCAACAUGAGUAUUAAACUUCCCUUUCUCACAAUGACUCAGUUGUGAGUUAUCAUGCAGCUUUGCCAUUUAAGAACUUUGUUUAAUCAUUCUAAUAGAUCUGCUCAUAAACAGUCAAUUGAACCAUAUAAUAAUGUAAGAAUUGUUAAUGGUUAAGAUAUAUUAGUUCAGUGUCAUUAAAAAUGUAUUCUGCUGCAAAUGCUGAUGUUCCAUUCCAUCAAAUAAAAUCUAUUUAAUACAA